AUUAACAUCUAUUUAUAUAUGUCACUUAUUAAUAUUAUUAAAACACAUUAAUUUGAAUCUGUAAAUUUUAGCUGAUUAAAAAAUUGUGUUUUUAUUAUUAUAUAAAUAAUUGAAAAUUAAGUAUUAUUUUGAAUUUCGAACGUAAAAAUAUGAUUGGUUGAAUUAAUAUUAUUUCAAUCAUCCAAUCACAAGGCGUAUAUUUUCAACAGCGCUAUCUAUCGGCAUGAAAGUUCUGCAAUUAAUUUAUAGUAGAUUAUAUGUGUUGUACAUGUGAUUUUGUUUGUAGUUAGUUUAUAGCAUACGAUAAAAUGCAUAUGAAAUCAAUUAAAUUAUCCAAAUCAAUAAGCAAUAACGGAUUAGAUGUAGAUAAUUUAAUUGUAACGAGAAAAGGUGGUGGAAGUAUAAUCGAUCAUCGUCCAUUAUUUUCCGAAGAUGGAGAAACAUUGUAUGUUAUAUGGAAGCAUACUCUACGAGCUUAUAGUACGCAAACCGGAGAUUUUGUGCAAGAGUUUGAAAAUAUAGACCGUAGAAUAAGUGGAAUUGUUCCAUAUCCUGAUGGUUUUAAUACGGUUAUAGGUUGUACAGAUAAUGGGCAGCUUAAUUUUUGGAGUUGCCAAAGUGGCAUUAUCACAAAGAAAUUAAACUUAAAUUUUUAUUCAAAAGAAUAUGCUAAAGUUAAAACUUUUCAUAUUGUAAAAUAUAGGAAUGCAAUUGGUAAAGAAAAUUCGCAAGUCCUAAUAACUUAUAUCAAGAAAGGUAAUAACAAGAUAUAUUUGUUAUUAUUUGACUUGCAAGAUGGAAGGUGUUGUAAAACUGCUUUUAUUUUUAUAAAAAAUCCUGAAUAUUAUGUCGAUAUAAUAGGAAAUCAUGGAAAUAAUUUAGUAGUAGUUCUUCACGAUACUGAUUUGCACAUAUUAAAUCCUUCACGUAAUUUAGUUGACAAAUUGCAUAAAACAGGAAAAACAGGUAGAAUACCAACAUGUAUUGCUGGACAUCCUGAAGAUGAAUGUGUAGCUACAGGAGAUUCAACUGGACGUGUAGUAUUAUGGAAAAAUUUAUUUCAAACUAGGCCUCAUAAAGCAGUGUAUCAUUGGCAUACAUUGCCUGUAACAGAGAUAGCUUUUAGUAAAACAGGUGCUCAUAUGUACACUGGCGGAGGAGAAUGUGUUUUAGUGAAAUGGACUAUUGGAACUCCAUUAGAAAAAUCAUUUUUACCUCGUUUACCAGCACCAAUUAAACAUUUAACUAUUGCACCAGAUAAUAUCUAUGUUGCUGUAUCUACUUUAGAUAAUGGUAUUAUUGUUGUAAAUCCACAAAGAAAAUUGACAUCUGUGAUACAAAAUUUUACAUGGGGUAUUGCAUUAUCCUGUAAAGAUUUAUUUCCUGCUGGACUUGUAGUAGAUCCACGUACAAAUAGCCUUGUUUUAAACAGUCGUACAGGACAUGUUCAGUUUUAUAGUACACAUACAAAAAGUCUAUUGUAUAAUAUUCACAUAACAGCUGAAAAUUUUGUAACACAAGAACGUAGUGUAAAUAUUUUAAACACAGAAGUAACAAAAGUAGCUUUGAAUCACGAUGGUACGUGGAUGGCUACGGUAGAAGAGCGUGAUGAUAAAAUUUCAACUCCAGAAGUAAGAUUAAAAUUUUGGAUAUUUGAUAUGAAGAAACAAGUUUUUACAUUAAAUACAUCAGUUGAACUUCCACAUGAAUUAGGAAUUAAUGCUUUACAAUUCCAACCAAACUCAUUAUUUGGCAAUGAGGAUUCCUUAGUAGUAACUACUGGAAAAGAUCAAAAGUUUAAAUUAUGGAAUCUUAUAGAGCCAACAUCAAUCUAUAAGAAAACAAAACAUUGGCAUUGUUAUGGUACAGGAAAUUAUCAUGAUCUAUCAGCUACAGAUGCUGCAUUUUCUAUGGAUGGAUCUUUAUUAGGAAUUGGUUUUGGUUCAUCUUUGACUAUUUGGGAACCUGAUACAUGUACUUUGAAAUGUAGCCUUAGGCAUAGUCAAUAUCCACAUACCAUAAUGCGCAUUGAAUUUGGAAAACAGGAAGCUUGUAACCUUAUUGUCGUUGUUUCGGAUAAACAUAUUGCUGUCUGGAAUAUCUUAUCUCUAAGUAUUAUGUGGAGUGUUUCUUUAAACGUGACAAAACUUACAGCUGAUCCAAAAUCUAUAUAUAUGGCUGCUUUCACAGUAGAUAAUACAUUAUAUAUAUUUAGUCCGCAUAAUUCAUCGCCAGUAUAUAUAAAAAAAUCUAUCAUUGAAAAUGACAGUUCAAUAUUAGGAGCAGUUUUUGUACCACGUUUGCAAGAUAGUAAAGAUUCUUCUUACAAAUUAUGGCAAAAGAAAUCUCAAUUAUAUUUUAUAGAUUCAAACCAAGAACUGUUGGCUUUGGAAUCGGAAUCCGAAGUAGGGGAAGCUUUAGAAAUUUUCUCUAGAACUCAAAAUAUGUCUUUAACGCCGUUCAGUAAUUUUGUAGCAUCUCGGACUGUAUUAAAUAAGGAAGAAAAUAAUUUAUUUCUUCAGGAAUCAUUCCGUAUUUCAGGAAAAGAAAAAACAGCUGAGCUUUUUAACGUCCCUGCUCAUACAUUGCCACCGAUGAAAAUGCUUUGUGCAACUUUUAUAAUGUCUUUAUUGUCACAAAAAGAUCAAUCUUCGAAUGAUAAAUUUUCAAGAUCGGACGAUCUUGAUAAUCUCGAUGAUCUUGAUGAUCUAGAAAAUGAAGAAAUAGAGGAAAACGAAGACAAUAUUAAACAUGUAAAAACAAUAAAACGUGAACCAUCACCAAUUCCAACGAAUAUGAAUAUUGAUGAAUCAGAUGUACGAUUAAUUCAUCAUAAUUGGUCAUUUUUAUCAACGAUACUUCCAGAUGAAGAAAUUAUUGAAAAAUAAAAAAUAUUUUGUAUACAUUAUUUAAAUAAUAUCAAAAUCUUAAAUUAAUAAGAUAUAUUUGUUGUAAAGUAUCUUAAUACAAAAAUAAUGGUAAGUCUUAGAAAAUCAUGCAAAAGUUAAAACAUUUUCUUUUACAAAGAAGAAAAAUUUAUUAAAAUUUAAAAUAGAUUAAUUUACUAUAUAAUUAACAUGGUACAGGUAACUCGUUAAGACGUUUAGCGAUUUCAAUUAACUCUUCAAUUGUUUCUGUAAUUCUAUUAUUGUAUUCUAAAUCUCGUUUCAUAUUAUUGAUCACAAUAUUAGUUCUAUCACGAAAAACAUAUUCUGAAUAGCCAUUAGAAUCGCUCAUAAUUUGAGCGCUAAGACUUUCAUCCAUUAAAACUGUUGGAAAAUAUAACAUGGCUGUUAUCAAAGAA